AUGGACAAACAGCCAGAACAUGAAGAAAAUGAGGUGACGGAUGACACUGAGAGGGAGACGUCACAGGAGCAUGAUUCUUCCAUUCCUUCUGACAGAAAUCAAAAAGAAGAUUCUGAAAUGGUUACAUCAGAUCAUGAAGACAAACUCUCUAAGAGCAGACAAGUCACAGAAGAGCCUUCUGUCGCUGAAGCAGCCACAAGUGAGCCCGAAGAGAGCAGUAGAAAUGAGCUCCCUGGUGCCGCCAGCAGCAUCUCCUCAUGUGAAGACUUGGAUGUGAGGAUGAAUAAAGUCACUGAACAGCCACUGACCAAUAAAGAAAGUGUUGUUUUUGAUAGUGACGAUGGACCUGCCAGGCUGCAUCUUGAGACCCCGGAAAAGGAGACCACCAGGGUUGAGCAGGAGGAGGAAGAGGAGGCUGAAGAAGAGGACAUUACUGCUGCUGCAGACAGAGAAGACAUCAGGUAUGAAGAGUACAGGCAGAUGCUCCAGGAGCUGUGCAAGGAGAGAGAUGAAGCCAGCCAGCGCAGCAGCAAGCUGCAGAUGAAACUGGCAGAGUACUUCCGCAAGAAGGCCGGAGACAACGCCCAGCUGGAGAGACAAGAGCCUGCGACAGAGCAGCUGCAGGAGUAUGAGAAGUACAUCAACAUCCUGACCGACCUGCAGCAGCAGCUCACAGCUGACUCAGAAUCAGCUCAGCAGCAGGCCGAGGAGAACAGAACACAGUCCCAGGAGAAGCUGGACAAGGUGGAAAAAGAAUGGCGAGCAUUGAUGGCACUGAAGCAGGAGGCGGUUGCGGCAGCCCUGAGUCGACACCUGGGUAAGAAAGCAGCUCAGGCCAAAGUGGAGUCGUCCCUGAGAGCAGAGCAGCUUCGACAGGACGAGCUGGUCAAGCUGCGCCUCAAGCACAUCAAGCUGAGGAUCAAGAUCCGCCGGCUGGAGGCAGAGCUCCGUGACAUGGAGGGACACAGCAGGGACCCCCUGCAGAUCCAGUUUGAGCAGCUGCAGGCCGCGAGGCUGAAGCAGAAAAAACACGCCGAGAAGCAACGUGAGGAGUCGCUGAAGCUGCAGAGAAAGAUCAGCAGCAACUUGGAGCUUCUGUCAAACAUAAAGGAAAAGCUGUACUGGAGCAAGAUGGAGGUCGAGGCGAAGCGAGGGCAGCUGGCCGAGGUGGAGGCCGCGGUGGCCAGGAAGAGGGAGCUCCUGACCAGGACCAAGCAGGCACGCAACAGCCUGCAGGAGGGCAACCUGAGGCUCAAGGAGCGCAGGGGGCUGCUGGGGAACAGGAUCCUGCUGCGGGACCUCGAGGACACCGUGGACGCCUCGGACCAGCUGGAGGAACACCUGGAGAAACUGAAGCUUCAGCAAGCUGAGGCAGCCUUCAGUGGUGGCAGAUGGAAGAAGAAGCUGGAGUCAACUUAAUGAAUGAGUGGUCAAGUCACUAUAUUAACAUAGAGAUUCUGCAGGUCCAUCUGGAAUGAAAAUGAGCAUCAGGCCUUAGAAUUUGUACUUUUUAUUCCAUGUAGUAUGUCGGAUCAAUCUUCUUGGGCCAAAUUGUAUUUUGCACAGCAUGAACGAAAACAAUUGUUUCGAUUACUGACAUAAAAAUCUUCCUGAACAUUUGUCAGGCUACACGAUCAAGAUAGCUUUCAAGAAAGUCUCCUUUUUUUUCUUUAUGUUGUCGUAUAUUGAGUUCAGUAAAGAUUGAUUCAUAAAAGAUAAUGCAAAGACCCAAA